UGCGACCUUGAUAUUUUUGAGCUCUACCUAUAUUGGCUAAUUGGACGGACCCUCCAGUAUCUCUUCUGUGGCGGGAUAUUAAUUUGAAUGUACACUGAUGUGAUUCAUCAAAUGUUGAAGACGCAGGUGUCAAGAGCAAUGAGUGGGAGGCCUCACGGAGCAGCCAGGCGCAGAGGCCCAGCGCCCCAACGCAGAUCACCGCUGAGGGCAUCACCAGUACGGUCACCACAAAGGAGGCAAGGAUCACCAGCUGGGAGGACUCCUAGGAGGUCGCCGAGGCAAAGGCACAGGGGUCACGGUACUCCCCGUCAGAGACGGGAAGCUAGCCCCCCCCAAAGAGCGCCAGCGCCUGCCCGAUCCAGGAGGUUUCGUCCAGGCACAAAGGCCUUGAUGGAGAUACGCAAAUACCAGAAGUCGACAGACUUGCUGCUGAGGAAGCUGCCCUUCAGCUUGUUGGUUCGUGAGGUAGCAUCUCGAUUUACCCGUGGACUUAACUUCAGAUGGCAAGCACAAGCUUUGUUAGCGCUGCAGGAGGUAAGAACUGAGGUGGAGAGCCCGUAG